GUCUUCCUCUACCAUCUCCACAACGUCGCAUCUGCACAUGUAAAUUUUCUAGGAUCAGCGCAGCCUUCUUGCUCCCGAUGUCGUCAUGGCAAUCGACCCUCUUUCCCCCAUUGCGCCUGCGCGCAUUCGGGCCCUUCUCCUCCCUGUGGGUCGCAUCAAGCGCUCACGCUUCUUAGCCUUCGUCGAACUGCUCCAGCCGGAAGGCGUGGUUCGUUUAGGAGACAUAAGCCCUGAUCCUCGGCCAGACAGAAACAUGUUCUCUCCCCUAGCAUUUCCCAGCGGUACUCUUCUUUAUGACCUUUCAACCUCUCUACCACCAUCUUCGCAGCUUUCUUUAUCUCCAUUUGAACAGUUCCGAGAACCACUUCUGGUUAUUGGCAUUGGAGAUGCAGGAGAAUAUUCCUGGCUGCAGAAGUCACGUGCGGAGAAUGGCAACCACGACAUUUCCGAGCCGGUAGAAGAAGAGGCUCAAGAGAUUAAAAAUGCCAUUGAGGAUAUUCGAGAGCAAUUCCCAAGAGUCUACUUACAUCGCCUGAUGAUGUUUGAAUGUCAGUCCCGAGAACGGCAUCAAUGGCUUCCGGAAGGAACUCUCCUUGUACCUCCUGUCCCGCAGCUCAAGACUACGACCAUGAAGACUUUUAUGUGCGACAUUACUGCCACACUUCUAGCGGAAAUGACCACGUUGGCGAGAUCGAUUCAAGCCCUACCAACAUUGUCCUCACCUGCAUCUCUCCCGAAUGGGCACUCAGAGGGCCCUCCCAGCUGGGCCAACCCGGAGACUUUAAGUUCCCAAUUUACGCGGCGAAGUUCGCAGAUACCUUCAGGUAUUCGACCUGGUUCUCCUGUCACAACAGCCCAAAAAGAACUUAAUCGAAUGUCCAUGCCAGUACUGCCUUCAGCAUCAUCAGGCGCUGUGAUAGCCCCGGAAGACCCAAGAGCAACUUCACCCACCACUCAAGGAGCACGCACACCACCUACCACCUUUGAUGAGAUAUCUGGCGUUAACAUACAGGGUGCCCUACAGCGGACAAACAGCACAUCUGGAAAGUCAAAUGCAGCAAGCACGAGGGACUCGAGUGCCGACAGAGUUUCGAUUCAUGGGUUCGGUUCCGGAGGGGUGGGAGAGCGUGCUCGAAAUAAAGGCCGAGGGAGGGUCGGUAUUGUCAUUGGUACCCUUUAUUUGUUCGCCGGACAAUGGCACGAGGCCCUCAGGGAACUCACGGAGGGCGCGACGCGAGCCCGUGCCUUUAGCGAUCAUCUUUGGCAUGCCAAAGCGCUUGAGAAUAUCCUGGUCUGUCUUUUACUGUUUGCAUGGUCCGGAAUGGACUUUCAGAUACCCCAGAUUUGUUAUCCAAUUGCAGACAAAUCUUCGGGUACAAAAUCUCCCCAACAUACGCCGUCGAGCAGUAUGGCAGAUGUCACAACUGCUGUACCUCCGAAACCAUCUAGUCAUGAGAUUGCCCUCGAAAAUCUCAACUCUCUCAUCCCGGAUCUUGUCAAUAUGAUUCUCAAUAUCUACAACCGAGCAUCAAACUUCGCUGGCGAAGCUCUUCCGCCUUUGGCAUUCUCAGAAUGCGUAAUUCGGUUCUCAAAAUUAAUGGCAGUGAUGAAUCUCUCGGCUGGAACGCUAGACGACAAUGCAUUGCAGCACCUUGUUCAGAACGUUCCUAUUCGACAAAAGCCGAGGUUGUCUGUCCCCAGAGUGUGCGUCAAUCCUACAAGAAACGACAUAGCCACCAUGCUCUUCAGGGCCUUGCCGGCUCAAACUGAGGUUGCAGGGAUGACUCCUACUGACCGCGUAGUCGUUCUCGCGGGGAUCGCUUCCGUUUUAUCUUCUCUUGGGCUACAAAGAAAGAAGGCUAUUGUCAUGAAAGAAUUCAUAACCUCGCUGAUCCCUGGACUCGUUCAAGCUCGGAAAAUAGGUGCUGCUGAGAUGGGUGUGCACCCUGCAGCAGGACUUGCAGCUCUCAACAUGGCUAGUGGUACAAAUUCCGGAGCCGGGGCAUUGCAUCUCGGGGAAGGGGAGGUUGAGAACGGUAUCGACGAGUUUCUAGGUCUUCUUGGGCGGAUUUACGGCAUACCGAACUCAAAGAGCUUUUUCACUAAUCCUCUGACACAUUCUUCCACUGCGCCCAGUGGCACAGGUUCCUCAGAAAAUACGGCCAACCAAGUCGUUGUCCAGGAAAUUCUUAGAACUUCAUCGUUGAGGUCUUUUGGGAGUUUAAACUUGAAGCUAGACAUCUUGAGGAUGUGCAUCACCUUCUGCGAAGCUUUGCCAGACUUCAGUGGCGUAUUGCACUUCACUGCCUUGCUGCUUAGGAUGGCUGGUCCCGGCACCGCGCCCAAAUCGAAUAGCACAGAUGUGUUUGUCUCUCUUCCCCGCGAGGAACAAGGUCGACUCUUUACAAAUAUUUCUCGAACUGUAGCAGCAGCCAGUAAGCUUGGGUUGCAGCAUAUCGAGACAGACUACUGGGAUGACUUUCUGAUUCGCGGUCUCUUCAUUAUGGAAGAAGCCAUUCCUCUCAAGCUGACCCAUCACCGUCCCGCCGAGUUGGAAACAGGCUCUUCGGUAAAAGAAGGCCCAUUUAUUCACAAUCCCUGGCUAAAGCAGCCGGACACCAGUAUUACCGAGACAAUACUCGUUGCCAACAACGAGUAUCGAUUUGUCAUUGCCCUUCAGAAUCCGUACGACUUUGAGCUAGAAGUCAAUUCCCUAAGGAUAGCGGGGGAGGGGGUGGACUUUGUGGCUCAUGAAAAGUUAUUUAUUCUUGGCCCAUACAGAACACAAAAGUUCCCGAUUGUUGGUAUGGCGCGCUCCGCUGGGCUCUUAAACAUCACUGGAUGUUUCGUCAAAGUGAAGGGGUGCCGUGAGCGCUUAUUCCCAAUAUUCCCAGACCCAUGGAAACCAGAACGAGAGUCAAAGAUGAAGAAGAUUGGACUUGAGGCUUGCCAAGGUGCUCCUAGCUCCCGUCCUCCAUCUGCAGUGGCUACCUCUGCCGAGUUAAGCGCUUUAAACCCUCCAAGGCCAGAGACCCUAACCUUCACUGUCAUUCCAGACCAGCCUGUGGUGAUAGUCACAGAUGUUUCGCUUCCUCAGGCCGCUCUUAUGGUUCUUGAGGGGGAAAGGAGACGGUUUCACAUUACACUUCAGAACACCUCGCAGACAACCGCGGUCGACUUUAUCCACGUCUCCUUUCAAGAUUCUGCAACCUCCGCGAUCCAGGCAUCCACAACAAACAAAGAUCUUCCCACCGCUGAGUUGCACGAACUUGAAACUCAGCUUGCAUAUUUUCCUUCUCUCCGGUGGUGUAGGGAGGUGGAUGAAGAGGCGUUUGUGAUAAAACCAGGAGAGACGGCAUCCUUUGAGAUUGAAGUCAUUGGUCGAACUCGAUUAACAGACGCGAUCAUUCAAUUCGAUUACGCGAACCUCGGAAAGAGGCGUUCAGCAGUCCAAGAUCGCUUCUUCACGCGGCAGCUGUCUGUUCCAAUCUCCAUCACUGUCAAUGCGAGUGUUCAACUCCAACGCCCAGAUAUUGUUCCUUUGUCAGGCGAUUUCGCUUGGUCCAAUGCACAAAAUCGUUCACGAGCUACGUCAAUAGUUUCGCAGGUAGCAUCCCCCACUCCUUCGCCCAUUCUCCUUAACAAAGACGAUACUCAUUUCCAGAUUUUCCUACGCCACACUAGGAUUCAAGGAUUCGGCGAUGAGUAUUGCAUGCUACUACUUGACCUUCGGAAUUCAUGGCCAAAUCCGCUUUCCAUCUCACUCCAAGUUCGUGCGAUACCCACCGAGGAGGACCAAUCCGACGGGUCCUGGAGCAAAGCAUACACAGUUAAUGAAGUAAUUCAACCCGGACACGUUAACCGCCUUGUAUUGGUUCUUCCAAAAAUUUACUUGACAGACCCCUACGCUGCAGUCCCUUCACUAAACCCCGCGAAUCAACGCCAAUUUGUCGUCAGUGCGAGCACAAUCUCCCCAGAAGCCGAGAGAGCUAGCAGGGAGGCCUUUUGGUUCCGGACAGAGUUGCUGAAGCGGAUUCGAGGCACUUGGAAAGAGGAGAGUAACGGUAGACACGGCGAUAUUGAGCUUCGAAGCAUUCGGUUCACUCCGAGGAUGGUAGAGGCAAUGAAACUGGACGAUGUCAUGAUUGAGACGAAAAUUGUACCCGAUUCCCCAGGACAAGGAGGUGAAGUUCGGCAGAUUGGCCAAUCAAAAUUCGAAGUUUGUGUCGACGACUUCUUGACACUCAGGACGAAAAUUCAUAAUCGGAGUCUACACCCUGUAUCACCUCUCCUAAGAUUGCAACCUCAUGUAGCCGGCCUGCCUCACAACAUCGCUCUUGACUUGGAUAAGCGAUUCUCUUGGACAGGUGUCUUGCAGAAAAAGCUUCCAAUAAUUCCUGCUGGCCAAGCAGUUGAAUCCGAACUUGGAAUCGUCGCACUUUGUGGUGGCACCUUUGAGGUGGGCGCAACGGUAGAAGAGGCUGAGCUUCCAACGGCAGAGAGCGAAGACCAAGGCAACAGAGUAAGGAGUAAUACUGCAAACAUCCUUCAAAGGGAAAUACUGGGCGAGCCAAAGCUUAGGGUUUGGCAUAUCAAGGAACCAUGUACGAUUGUAGCGAAGAGAUAGAGUGAUGGCGGUUGAGGGUAUGACCGAACUAGUUUUGAAUCUGAUAGAGAGGCGUCCUUUCAGUCAUGGCAUUGGGAAAGUCGGUGAAGGCCCGAUGGUGGCGAGCACACAUGGAAUAGACAGUUCACUUCUUUCACAGUGGUUAUAUCUUGAUGGUAUCUAGCUGCACGGAUAGAUCACUUCCGG